GAGAUGUUGAGGUACACGAUAACUGGCCCUUGGCCGAAUGUAUUUCAAUCUUCAGUAGCUCAUCCACGCUUGGACGACUAGCCUUGAAGACGAGCGCGUGCGGUGGCAUGGGGUGGUUCUCUACUUCCCGAUUCUCCAACGCCUAUCUCGCGCCAUAGAGUCGAUGUCCGAUGGCAUCACGACUUGGGGCCGCGAGGUCGCACUCUUUCCUCUCUUCGUCGCUAUAAAAGGCGGGCUUCGUCCUUAGAGACGCGCAACGUACCCCGCAUCUCUUUCAUCUCAACUUCUUCUCUUCCGGCCCUUACCUCUUCGACUUUCAUGAGCUUCUGCAAGGACUGCGUUCGCGGCGUUCGCUGGGAGGGUACACCCACCGGCAGAAUCGAGAAGAUCAAUGGCGUAGACGCGUACAUAGCCACACCCGCGCAGGACUACCCAACGGACAAGGUCCUGCUCUUCUUGACGGACAUCUUCGGCAUGCAACUCGUCAACAGCCAGCUGAUGGCGGACGACUUCGCCGCGAACGGCUUCAAGACGGUCAUCCCUGACUACCUGAACGGCGACCCUACGCCUGCGGACGCCCUGGCUCCUGGUAGCAACUGGGACAUCCCCAAAUGGUUCGUGAACCACGGGAAGGACAAGACGCGGCCCUCGCUCGACAGGGUCAUCGACGGCCUCAAGGCCCAGGGAGUCACUUCCUUCGGCGCGGUCGGGUACUGCUUCGGCGCCCGCUACGUCUUCGACCUCGCCUUCGACGGCGUCAUCAAGGUCGGCGCCGUCGCGCACCCCUCGCACCUUGAGGUCCCCGAGGACAUCGAGCGGUACGCCAAGACGAACGUGCCGCUCCUCAUCGAGAGCUGCGAGGUCGACCAGAUGUUCCCGCCCGAGCUUCAGGCGAAGACGGACGCCAUCUUGGGUGAUGGGAAGUUCGCGCCUGGGUACAAGCAGGACUACUGGCCGGGCUGCAGGCAUGGGUUUGCGGUGCGCGGAGACCAGAACGACCCGGCUGUGAAGGCGGGGAAGGAGGGCGCAUUUAAGAACGUUGUGGAGUGGAUGGCGAAGUACUUGUAGAUCUGUUCAAUGGUGCCGAGAGAGGUAGCAAGACAACUUGUCAUAUUUGUGCUCGGAUGAGCUUCUACUAGUUGGAUACAU